AUGGACACGGAAAACAUUAAUAUUGAUGAUUUUCUACCACCCAAAAAGACGGUUAAGCUAAAAAAUAUAAAAAGAAGGGCAGUCUCGGAAUCUGGUGAUGGGAUGGAAAUCGAGGAGCACAAUGGCAUCCAAGGAAAAGCCAAACAUAGUCGUCCAAGGUCGAAAAGAACAAAAAAAAACACAGAACCAAAUGAAAGUAAAGAAAACUUAAGGAAAAUAGCAGUACCUGCUCACAGAUAUACACCACUCAAAGAAAAUUGGAUGAAGAUUUUUACACCAAUUGUGGAACAUUUACUCCUACAAGUUAGGUUUAACACAAAAACACGCAAUGUCGAGAUCAAAAUUGGUCCAGAAACUAAAGAUGUAGCUAAUCUCCAAAAAGGUGCAGAUUUUGUCAAGGCGUUCCUGUAUGGCUUUGAAGUUGAGGAUGCACUUGCAUUACUGCGACUGGAUGAUCUCUUUGUUGAAUCGUUUGAAGUCAAAGAUGUGAAAACAUUACAAGGUGACCAUCUUAGUCGAGCAAUUGGCAGACUGGCUGGCAAGGCAGGCAGGACAAAGUAUGCCAUAGAGAAUGUUACUAAAACUAGGAUAGUGCUGGCAGAUUCAAAAAUUCACAUCCUUGGCAGUUACCAGAAUAUUGCCUUAGCAAGAAGAGCGAUCUGCAACCUUAUUAUGGGGUCACCUCCUUCAAAAGUAUAUGGCCACUUGAGAACUGUAGCCGGUUGUCUUUCUCAGAGAUUUUAA